UCAUUCCACAAAAACCUACCUUGGUUCCAUCUCCCAUCGGCGGUUUUUUUCUUCUUUGCAAAAGCUUUCUCAUCCAAGCUCCAUAAACAACCGCAGUCAGCUGCGGCCGCCGCUAGAUCGGCCGGUCAACCAUGAAGGUUUACGAUAUCAAAGGAAACACCCUUUCUCUCGCUCUCUUCUCCGAUGUCACCAAUUCCAAGGAACUUCUAGAUUCUAUGCAAGCUGGAACCCUGGAACCAGAAGUUGCACUACUCAAUGCCUCACUUAUUCCAGAUGUGUUCCCUGUUCUAGCCGCUGCACAUAAGACACUUAUUGCCAAGUCUCGGGAUUCAUUGACGACACGGACUCUUCAUUCUGAGCUUGUUUAUAAUUACUCAGGAUCUAAACAUAUAACAGAGUCCUUGAAAAGAUGUGGAAUCUCUGAAAGCUCUACAUACAUCUUAGCAGCUCGUUUCAAUUCUUCUUUAGAUGAGAUGAAAGUUGUAGAGAAACUAAUCAAUGGAAAAGAAAUUGAUUUGGAGGAGUUGGAAGGGAGGGCAAACCAAGCUCAAAUACAAAAGCACUACAAAAUUUCUGCCGUGGAAGCAGGGAUAUCCUCUCUUGCAGAUGCCAUUACCUGCCGCAUAGCUGUCCGUGAUGCAUUGUGAGAAGGAACAAUUGUGAGAAGGAACAAAUGUAUGUGGUUGUACUUAUUUUAUUGAUAUGAUGAUACUGUUGUAACAUAGUUUAGGACAGGUAAGAUCAUUAUUUAUGCUUGAACAAUUCUUGUCAAGAAUCAUAAUUUGAGUUCCUGAUUUAGAAACUAAAAGUUUAUGUUCUUGAUAACAUGUGAUGCAUCCAAUUCAUAUGUAGAGCGUUGCAUAGGCAGAAAAA